UGAACAUCCGACACACGACCUUUGAAAUUAUUUUUUGAGCCGACUCUUUCUUUAUUAAUCUUCUGAUGAUGAAAGUGAAGUCUGUUUCGUUACUCGCUAUCCAUGCACCAAAGUUUUGCCUUUUGCACUGGAGCUGCUAAUUCGAUGAUGACGCUAUGUUUCAGCUUGUUUGCCUGUGAAGACGAAGAUGGACUAUUACGAUCUCCAGCUUGGGUUUGCAAAGUCCAUUCUGAAAUCUGGAGAUGAGCGCACCAAGACGGAGCUAGCCAAAAUAAUACUGAACAAGCAUAGCGAUGACAAAUCACUGGUUGAAGCUCUGAAGAGGCACUUCGUAGCUGACCACGUGUUCAGUGAUCAGCACCAAGAGAAACCGCCGCUUCUCCGGUGGCGCGAACGCGGUACAUACUUGGACGGCGCUUUGCUGGAGGAGAUGAAGGAGUAUGAAGAAGAGCUGAAGGAGCAUAAAGCAGAGCUGCAAAAGUUAAAGAAGGAGCUUGAAGCAAUGCUGAAAAGAAUGAUGAAGUAUGAAGCAAACAACUCUGAUGAUAAGGCUGAAUCAAGUGUAAACGUUGUAAGUUACACAGCCUGUUUGCAGUUUAUUUAAUCCAACUAAUGAGUCUA